AUGAAGUUUCAUCUCUGGGCCGUUGCCCUCGCAUCGGCGCUCUGCGUCCAGGCCAACGAAUGGCAUGCAUACUACCGCCUUAAUGGUAAGGCGUACCAAGCAAAGUUCGACGAGAUGGUCAAACAAGGAUACCGACUCAACUCCGUCAGCGGGUACGAACACAACAAUGAAGCGAACUUUGCCGUCAUUUUCGAGAAGAGACCCACCCCCGCAUGGAAGUCACACCACGGAUUGACCUCCGAUCAGUACCAUGACAAAUUCGAAGACUACCUGAAGCAAGGUUACCGCGUUGUUCAAGUGAAUGGCUACACAGUUGACGGAAAGGAUCGCUACACCGCUAUCUGGGAGAAGUCCUCCUCUGUACCCUGGAUCUCACGUCAUGGAAUGAACAAGGAAUGGAUGCAGAAGUACUUUGACAAGUACCUGGCGGAGGGAUACCGAAUGACGCACGUGAGCGGUUAUGAGGUUGGUACUGAGGCUCGCUUUGCUGCUGUUUGGGAAAAGCAGAAUGAUAGUACUGCCUGGGUUUCCGCUGGAGAGUUGAACUCGACGGCCUACCAAGCGACCUUCGAUAAACAUGUCAAGGAUGGAUACCGCCUGGUUGAUGUGGACGGCUACCAGGAUGGUGACGGCGUGAAGUAUGCGGCAAUCUGGGACAAGUCUCCAUCCGGUGCGUGGGUGGCAAGACACGGUUUGGAUUCCCCAACAUUCCAAGCUGAGUUCGACAAGUACCGGAGCAAGGGCUAUGUCCUGCGGACAUUUAGUGGAUAUAACGAUGGGUCUGCGGAUCGCUACGCUGCUAUCUGGGUUAAAUAA